GGAAGAAGAUUCGCAAAGACCUCCGAACUUGUUCCUGCCUGCCCAUGUUCACCGUUGUUCGAUAACAAUCGCACCACCCCUUCGUUCCAUGAGGCCUUUACUGGUACUCAGACCAGCCCACCACAAUGCUUUCCUACCUCCAACCUAACAACGCUGCCCUCCUCCGGGCCACCGCCGCCGCUCAUCUCCUGCGUCCAGCGCUUCCCCGCACGACCGCCCUCGCGCGCUACUAUGCGACCUCAGGCUCCGGAUCCAACCCGGCCCCCAGACGGAGAAAUGUGACCGUCUUGUCUGAUGACGGCCGGUACGAAUGGGGAGAGUUGAGCGGACGGGAGAAGGUUGCGCGGGCGACGCAGCAGUCGGUCAACUUCCUCGUCGUUGUCGCCGGUGCCGUGUUGACGGGUGGAGUGUUCUACCUUCUCUAUACCGAGGUCUUUUCUCCGAACAGCAAGACCUGGCAAUUCGAAAAGGCGGUUGAGCGCAUCAAGGAUGACCCGCGGUGUACGGAUCUUCUCGGUGACCGCAGGGAAAUCAAAGCAUAUGGGGAUAACACCUGGAGCAGAUGGGCUCGGAACCGACCGAUCGCGACGUCCGUCUUCCAGGAUCGAAUGGGCCGGGAACAUUUGAAGAUGAACUUCCAUGUCGAGGGCCCGCUCAACACCGGUAUUGUGUUCGUGCACAUGAUGAAGCCAUUGGAUCAGUAUGAAUGGGAAUACCAGCUUCUUGCCCUGGAAGUCAAAGGUCAUCCCCGAGUCGUUCUAGAGCAAGCUCGCGAAAAGCCUGGAGUUGGGAAAGCGCUUAAGAUUUUCGGUAUUCAAUGGCGAUAAGCUGGCGAGAAUUCGAUACAUCUCGGGAAGUACUCAUGAAGUGAGUCGUCUGCGGCUCUGUCUCUGAUCUUCAACCCUUUCAUGAGUCGCUCUCGGCCCUACAGUGCUUGACUUGCUGGAGAUCAACGAAGAAUCUCCAGAACACCUCGAGCUCACCCUGCUGAGUCGACUGGAAUGGUGUACCGGCGACCGCUCUUUUCUGGAUUCGCAUCUCUUAUAUGGCCAGACUUGGUUGCAUAUUUGGCACUAUCAUGACUGUAAAAUAUACAAAUAUACCCCGCUGAUUUAGGAAGGAAGAAAGGCUAGUUAUACUUACCGUCGCCUUUCAACCACAGCAUAUUUAGCCUUACCAACCGCCAUGCUCAUCGCUAUUGGCACCUCUACCUAACUCUGGUUGGCAUCCUAUCACAGAUGAAUAAGAAUUAAG